CACUCUUAAGGUUCCGACCACAGACUGAGGAGUGGGUCCGGGGCUGCGGGGGCUGCGAGGGCUGCCCCAAGUCCUAGCGGGUUUGCACGGGUGCGCCCGGCUCCGCCCGCAAGUGCGCCUUCCCGACUUACUGCUGGGUGCGCGGGGCUGGGGGUGUGAGGACCACCCCUGAAGUCUCUUCCUGGGCGACCUCAGGGGCCUCAUUCUAGGCCUCCUGGAAGAGAAGGAUCUAAAUUAGGAAAAGGAAGUACCCUUAUCCACGACCAAGCUCUUCCACCUGCGGAGCUCGCUUAGUCUGCACCUCAACCGUGCGGAAAGUGACUGCCCUGUUUACUGAGGAGAAACUGGGGCUCAGAAAGAUACCAUGGAGUAGUUUGAAGCAGGAACAAAAUCUUCCGAAAGCUCGGAGCAGAAGCCUUUUUGGUCAACAUGGAGGAAAAAAGACGGCGAGCCCGAGUUCAGGGAGCCUGGGCUGCCCCUGUUAAGAGCCAAGCCAUUGCUCAGCCAGCUACCACUGCUAAGAGCCGUCUCCACCAGAAGCCUGGCCAGACCUGGAAGAACAAAGAGCAUCAUCUCUCUGACAGAGAGUUUGUGUUCAAAGAACCUCAGCAGGUAGUACGUAGAGCUCCUGAGCCACGAGUGAUUGACAGACAGGGUGUGUAUGAAAUCAGCCUGUCACCCACAGGUGUAUCUAGGGUCUGUUUGUAUCCUGGCUUUGUUGACGUAAAAGAAGCUGACUGGAUAUUGGAACAGCUUUGUCAAGAUGUUCCCUGGAAACAGAGGACCGGCAUCAGAGAGGAUAUAACUUAUCAGCAACCAAGACUUACAGCAUGGUAUGGAGAACUUCCUUACACUUAUUCAAGAAUCACUAUGGAACCAAAUCCUCACUGGCAUCCUGUGCUGCGCACACUAAAGAACCGCGUUGAAGAGAACACUGGCCACACCUUCAACUCCUUACUCUGCAAUCUUUACCGCAAUGAGAAGGACAGCGUGGACUGGCACAGUGAUGAUGAACCCUCACUAGGGAGGUGCCCCAUUAUUGCUUCACUAAGUUUUGGUGCCACACGCACAUUUGAGAUGAGAAAGAAGCCACCACCAGAAGAGAAUGGAGACUACACAUAUGUGGAAAGAGUGAAGAUACCCUUGGAUCAUGGGACCUUGUUAAUCAUGGAAGGAGCGACACAAGCUGACUGGCAGCAUCGAGUGCCCAAAGAAUACCACUCUAGAGAACCGAGAGUGAAUCUGACCUUUCGGACAGUCUAUCGGACAGUCUAUCCAGACCCUCGAGGGGUGCCCUGGUGACAUCAGAGCUUUGAGAGAGAAGCUUCACUGAAACGGAGCAAACCUUCCAUUGAGAAGCCACUUCAAGAGGCUGGUGCUGCUAAAUCUCGUGAUGUGGCUGUUGGGAAGAUGGUAGGGUUUGUUUCCCAGCUUGGAGUCCUAUUAAAUGAGAGCCAGCAACUCAUGUUGAUAAUAGGUCUACUGUGGGAACAGUUACCCCUAACCACAGCUCAAAAUCGCUAUCAUCUUUAGGCAAAUUAAAAUCUAUGUGGCAGUGCUCAUGGA